CUCACACCCCCAAUGUAUCAAUUCCGCCCACUCGCACGGACAGCGUGGUGCAGGACGCCCCUGCUGCUUCCUGGCCGCCGGGCCUUUGCGUCGCAGCAGGUGCAGGCCGGCCAGGCGGGCGCAGAGGCCCAUUCGCUCCCUGCAGGAUGGGAGGAUCAAGAGCCCACGCUCUCCGACUUCUCAGAGCUGCCGCACAAGGACUUUGGGAAGAACCAAUUGAUCCAGACGAACGAGGACUUCAAGCGGUCCCUACGAGGAAUCCUGCGCCAGUUCCCGCCCGUCACAUAUGCCUUUGCCUACGGGUCCGGCGUCUUCCCCCAGUCGGCUGCCACGGCGUCGCUCACCACCGAAUCGCCGCACCCAAACCCCCCCGAGGCGAUAUUGAAGUGGCAGAAGGGCGGUGGAAAGAUGAUUGACUUCAUCCUGACGCCGCGCUACUCGCAGCAUUUCCACUCGCUCAAUCUGCGCGAGCAUCGCGACCACUACUCGUUCCUCGGGUCCAUGGGCUCGGGCGUUGUCAGCCACGUGCAGGACCGCUACGGAGCAGGCGUGUACUUCAAUCCGUACAUCACCGUCAACGGCACCAUGAUCAAGUACGGCGUCGUCAACUUCGAAACCCUCCUGCGCGAUCUCACCGACUGGGACACACUGUACCUUGCCGGCCGCCUGCACAAGCCCUGCAAGAUCCUUCACGAGGAACCGAACAUCCGUCUUGCGAACCAGCGCAACCUGUUGUCCGCCGUUCGAUGCGCUCUCCUCCUCCUUCCACCGACCUUCACCGAGAAGGAGCUGUAUUCGACAAUCACCGGGUUGAGCUACCAAGGCGACCCACGUAUGCAGUACGGCAGCGAAAACCCCAAGAAAAUCGACAACAUUGUCACGCACCAGAUCCGAAACUUUAGAUUGCUAUACCACGACCUGCUCGUGUCGCUGCCCAACAUCAUGUACGCUGACUUCUCCGCUGUGAGUAAGUCGGAUUGGAUGGACGAUGUGAAGCUGGACUUGAAGAUGUCGCAAGACAUGAGCCCCGAGCGACGCGCAAACAUGGUACGACGACUGCCCAAGAAGUUCCGUGAGAAGAUCUACUUCCUGUAUCGGGGCAAGUUCGGCAUCUCCGGAAGCGAGUACAAGGAUAUGUUGGAAGCAAGCAAAGAUGAAGAUGCCAAAGGUGGUGUCAAGAAGCAAGUCGGGAGCGACUUUGAUAAGCGCAUCGCAGCCGAGACCGAUUUGCCCCAGAUGGUGACAAGAGCAAUCAACCAAACCGUCAAAUGGCCAUCGACGAUGCAGAGUUUGAAGGGCCCAUUUACAGCAGGACCACAGAGGGCUUGGAGAUACUUGGGAGAAAAACGUGCAAAGGCCAAGAUGUGACAAGGCCGGCCAUCCAACCACCAACAGCAAGAGUCGGAUCGUACUCUGUUCAGGCAGAAAUCCCUUUUGUAACAUUACGAAAGCGCAAGCGAGCAAGCGAGCGUCAACUAUAGACUUGUAUUUGGGCUGCAUGCAGCCGCCGUUAGCAGCAUGCGGGUCAGGCUUGGGGGAAAAGUUGAGCGAACGUCAUUUCUUUGCUGCCUUAUAAGGAUGCACUUCAGUGCCACCACGAAAUCGCAUUCGUUUGCGGCUUCAAAAAGCUUAUUCAAUCAUAGAUUACGAGCCGGAGGCUUGCAUCUUCUUAUCCAUACAAUCAAAGCGGCCGGACACAUGCUUCUGAUACGAUCGAUA